UAUAUAUAUAUAUAUAUAUUCAAGAAAUUUUUAAUUGGAGCUGAGAUAUUCUGUAGAAGAGUUUUACAAAACUUGUUCAGAAGACAUAUGUAAGAAAUAGAAUACUUCAUAAUUCUUUGACAGAAGACUUCCAAAAUUACAGAUGACGAAAAUCCAGAUUCCAGAUAACUAAGCCCCUUUCUUUUCCUGAAUAUUCUGGCCAAUUUUAUGCAGAUUACAAUAUGAUAACUAAGAAAAUAUUGUAAUAAUUAGUUUUGAAAUUCCAGCUUUGAGCAUGUUCUAAGUUAACACGCUGUCGUUUUUGUAUAAUUAUUCUCAUUGUUAUUGAAACUGUCGUUUUAUUUCUCUGAAUGAGCACGCACUUAACUUAUAAAAGUAUAAUUAUUCUCAUUGUUAUUCAAACUGUCGUCUUAUUUUUCUGAAUGAGGACGCACUUAACUUAUAAAAGUUUAAUAUCAACGAUAUAAGUGAUUAUCUUGCGAACCGCCACGAAGAAAAAAAAAUAAAUGAGGUGUAAAGAAGAACUUUAUGCGUCGGAAGAGAUUCCGCCUGGAACAUCCUUGAACGUCUUCAUCCGGGAUUAUGCGAAAUUGCGAGGAACAAAGGCCAUGUGCCAUGAAGGAGGCUGUGGUGCUUGUGUCGUGUCAGUGGAAAUCAAAGGUGAAACAAUGUCUGUGAAUUCUUGCCUGAUACCAGUCUUCAUUUGCAAUGGAUGGGCCAUUAAAACGAUUGAGGGUUUAGGUAGCAAGAAAGAUGGGUAUCAUACUCUACAAGCAGCAUUGGCUGGGAAGAAUGGUUCCCAAUGUGGUUAUUGUUCACCUGGAAUGGUAAUGAACAUGUAUAGUUUAAUGCAAGGUAAAAAAUUGACUAUGAAGCAGAUAGAAAAUUCCUUUGGAAGUAAUAUAUGUCGUUGCACUGGUUACCGACCGAUUCUGGAUGCGUUCAAGUCAUUUGCCAUUGAUGCACCAAAAUAUCUUAUUCAGGAGAUCGAAGAUAUCGAAGAAUUAUUCAAUGUAAAAACUUGCAAAAAAACUGGUUUGGCAUGUGAAAAUGAGUGCAAUAAUUGUCACACAAUCAUCCAGAAUAUAGAAGAUAAGAUUGAUAUGAAAUUGGAUGGUAGUCACUUCUAUAAGGUUCUGUCAGUUGAUGAUUUAUUUACAGUAUUUAAAAAUAAUCCAAAUAAAACUUAUAUUUUGAAUGGUGGUAACACCGCACAAGGUGUAUAUCGAUUGAUGCAUACACCGGACAUAAUCAUCGAUAUUAACAAUAUACCUGAUUUGCGUAAUAUAAAUAAAACUAGCACCUCUUUAGUCAUUGGAGGAAAUGUUUCACUUACUGUGGCAAUGGAAACAUUUGAAAAGUAUUCGAAAGCAUCAGAUUUCGAGUAUCUGCAACAUUUGGCCAAACAUGUUGAUUUAAUUGCCAGCGUUCCAGUGAGAAAUGUUGGAUCCAUAGCAGGAAAUUUAAUGAUCAAGCAUGCGCAUCGGGAAUUUCCAUCAGAUUUGUUUUUGAUAUUGGAAGCUGCAGGAGCGCAACUACAUAUAGUGGAAGCUGAUGGUAAAAAGACCAGCAUGACUACAUUGGAAUUCUUGGAUUUAGACAUGACACACAAAAUUAUAUACAGUGUGGUAUUACCGGCACUUGGCAAGGAAUACGAGUACAGAUCUUACAAGAUAAUGCCACGAGCACAGAAUGCUCAUGCUCACGUGAAUGCGGGAUUCCUGUUCAAAUUGAAUGGGGCUGGGAAAGUUCUCGAGCAACCAAAUAUCAUAUUUGGCGGAAUAAACAAGAAUUUCCUGCAUGCAUCGGACACUGAAAAGUUCUUGAAUGGAAAAUCUAUCUUCGAUAAGGAAGUAGUCAAAGAAGCUUUGAAUAGAUUAGACAAUGAACUUCAUCCUGAUUAUGUGUUGCCUGAUUAUUCUCCAAAGUUCAGGAAGAUGCUUGCGGAAGGGCUUCUGUUCAAGUGCUUUUUAAGUAUCAAGCCUGAGAAUGCGAAUCCAAAAGCACGCAGUGGUGCAUCUAUUUUGGAGCGUGGAUUAUCAUCAGGCAAACAGAACUUCGAAACUGAUAAGAAUAUAUGGCCUCUGAAUCAGCCUUUGCCGAAAUUGGAAUCCAUAAAUCAAACAUCUGGGACGGCUCAAUAUGUGAAUGACAUUCCACCAUUCCCCAAUGAAGUUUUCUGUGCUUUUGUCCUUACCAAAGUAGCCAAUGGGAAAAUAAAUAAAAUCGAUGCUUCCGAAGCGCUGAAAAUGAAAGGAGUAAUUGCUUUCUAUACCGCCGAAGACGUUCCUGGGAAAAAUUUAUUCAUACCAGCAAGCGCUCAACUACAAAUGUUACCCUUUGAUGAAAUACUGUUUGCAGACAAGAAUAUCGAGUACGCUGGACAACCGGUUGGUGUGAUCGUCGCGACAACUUACACAAUUGCCAAUAAAGCAGCGCAAAAAGUAUAUGUAUCUUACGUCGAUGUCGCGCCCGAGAAACUGUUGUUAACAAUUGAGGAUGUGCUUAUGUCUAAAGACGAAUCCAGGCUACUUCAAUCAUUUAACUCUAAAGCGACGGACAAAGGAAAUGACAUGAAGCACGUAAUAAAAGGUGAAUUUAGAUGUGGAAGUCAGUAUCAUUAUACUAUGGAGACUCAGACUUGCGUCUGUGUACCAAUAGAAGACGGUAUGGACGUUUAUUCAUCAACCCAGUUCGUCGAUCUGACCCAAGUAGCCAUAGCUGAGUGUCUUGGGGUAAAGAACAACAGCAUUAACAUAAAUGUGAGAAGGUUGGGAGGUGGUUACGGCGCGAAAAUAUCGCGUGCGACGCAAGUGGCAUGCGCUUGUGCAUUAGUAUGCUACAAGUUAAAUCGACCGGCUAGAUUUAUUAUGUCGAUAGAAGCUAACAUGCAGGCUAUCGGAAAGCGUUAUGAUACUCGUCAGGAGUAUGAAGUCGCCGUAGAUAACGAUGGUCGCAUUCAGUAUAUGAAUGCAAAGCAUUGGGAAAACAGCGGCUGCAAUUUCAAUGAAUUUCAUGCUCCUACAUCGGGGGAAGCUUUCAGAAGGUUCGGUCGAAGGUAUAGCAAUGAUAGAAAACAUAAUGGAGCACAUAGCAAAAAUUAUUGGGAAAGAUCCAUUGGAAGUUAGGUAUGCGAAUAUGCUUUCAGAGCACAAGGAAUCAUUGAAACCUAUGAUAGAUCAACUGCUUGAAAACGCGGAUUACGAGAUGAGAAAGAUAGCUGUAGACUCUUUCAAUAAUGAGAAUCGAUGGAAGAAGAAAGGAAUAGCUUUGCUGCCUUUCAUGUAUCCCUUCUCUACUUGGGGACAGUUUCAUGCACUUGUUUCAGUUUACGCCCGAGAUGGCACAGUCUCAAUUACUCAUGGAGGAAUUGAGUGCGGCCAAGGAAUUAAUACCAAGGUAGCUCAAAUAGCAGCACAUAUAUUGGGAAUCGAUUUGUCGUUAGUUACUGUAAAAUCAACCAAUAAUCUGACAUCUCCAAAUAAUUCUGUUACUGGUGGUAGUGUUACUAGCGAAACUUGUUCAUAUGCAACCAUGAUGGCUUGCAAAGAACUGAUAAAGAGACUUGAACCUAUUAAGAAAGAGCUGGGGAACCCUUCGUGGCAAGAAUUAGUAUUUCAAGCAUAUUCAAAAGAUGUUGAUUUAUGUGCUCGAUACAUGUUCACUGUAAAAGAUGAUAUCAAAUCUUAUCCGAUUUAUGCAGCGAGUGUAGCGGAGGUUGAAAUUGAUUUGUUGACUGGGCAGCAUAUAAUACACAGAGUAGAUAUAAUUGAAGAUGCUGGAAGAAGUAUGAAUCCAGAGCUAGAUUUAGGGCAAAUAGAAGGUGCCUUUGUGAUGGGUCUCGGGUACUGGACUUCCGAGGAUCUGAUUUAUGAUCCCAAAACUGGUCAACUGACGAAUGACAGAACUUGGCUACCGGUGAACCACCGUUAUGUCUGAGUUACGUGAUACUUAUUGCGAUUCGUAAUGCGCUUAAUUCAGCAAGGAAAGACGCUGGGGACAAAAAUUCAUGGAACAGACUAGAUGGCCCUGCUACUACCGAGAAAAUAUUAUUGAACAGUUUAACCAGCAAAGAACAAAUGGUAUUUUGAAAUAAAAAUUUAUUUCUAAAUAAAAGGCACAAUACUUUGUUAUUAAAUGUUUAUCACAAAUUCAAUUGUAUGUCAUCAUGUACAAUUAUUUAUAAUAAAUAAAUGCCAUUCGUGAAAUAAUGAUACAUUUG